CAGCUAAUAGGGGCUCUUUUCGUGGACUCUACACUUUGACCCCUUAGGCCAGUUUGGCACACCUUCUCCUUCUGAUCCACAUCACCUUCUGAUUGACAACAUUUAUAUUCGGUAAUAAAUAGGCACGUGCAGAGUGGAUAGAUACACCAGUAGACCCCAUAUUUUAUGGAGUUUGCGGAUAGUAAUCAGGACUACCACUCUAGCUCAUUACUGCUAACGCACAGUGACUGACGGCUACAUUUUCUCUCCUGCCCUUCAAAGCACCCUGCUCACCAAAACUACGAAGAGCGGAGUUUUAUAUGGUCAAAUAGUUGCGGCAACUGCUAUCGAAGGGACUUAUUCUCGGACGGUCGACUGAAGAUCGUACGUGGGGGGGAAAGUAACCGCUCUUCAUUUAAUUAUUUCUUAACAGAAAUGGAUCCAUCCAAGGACAACAGCUCCAUCACCACGCACGUACUGAACACUGCGGACGGGGUCCCAGCAUCCCGCAUGGCGCUCAGUCUACACAGGCUGAAUACACAUAUGAUGAUCUGGAACCUUCUGACUGUCGGAACAACGGAUGAAGAGGGCCAUUGUUCCGAGCUGAUCGGCAGUGAAGCCUUUUCCCUGGGCAUGUACAAAUUGCGCUUUGAGACUGGCCAGUACUGGGAGAAUUUGGGCCAGACCUGCUUCUUUCCCUAUGUUGAGCUUGUCUUCACCAUAACAAGCCUCGACCAGCAUAUUCACCUCCCCCUGCUUCUGAGCCGGUUCUCCUACAGUACCUACAGGGGGCGAUAGAGAGCCCAGGUGUCCUCUCUAGAAGAGGCUGUCUACUCCUCUACUGUAUAUCUUCACCAAAGAUGUCGUGCUGCUUGUUCUUCCUAAGAGCAUCUGUGCUGUCCUGCUAUUCUGUGAAGGUGUAUCCUGCCGUUUUCUUGGAUUGGAGUGAAAGCCAGGAAGUCCCUCCAGAAGUGCCAAGAAAUUGAGUUUAAUUGCUCAACACUGGGUGAGACUGGUCCUUGUGAUUGGUCAGUUUCCAUCAAUAAACAACAUACACAUGA